AUGAAUUCGGCUUUAGAAAGGGAGUACUCCAAGGUCAUGAGCGAAAUGGUUUCGUUAGGUCACGCAGUUCUGUGUGAAGAUGAUGACAAUGACGGUUAUUAUCUUCCCCAUCAUGCUGUGAUUAAGGAGUCUAGUGAGACGACAAAGGUUCGACCGGUUUACGACGCGUCGGCAAAAACCUCGACCGGCGUAUCCUUGAAUGACAUCCUUAUGGUAGGCCCCACGAUUCAGGACACUGUAUUCCAGCAAUUACUUCAGUUUCGUACACAUUCUUACGUUAUCACGGGGGACAUCGAAAAGAUGUAUCGUCAAGUGUGGAUUCAUCCAGACGAUCGCAAAUAUCAAAAAUUCUUUUGGUAUCAUCAGGGUAAGAUUUGCGUUUUUCUCUUAACAGUAGUUACUUUUGGAGUAGCAGCAGCUCCUUUUCUAGCAAUUCGUACUCUUCAACAACUAGCGAUAGACGAAGCGUUGAAUUUUCCUCGAGCAAGUAAGCUUCUGCUCAAGAAUUUCUACGUAGAUGAUUUUUUAGCGGGGGCAGAUACUUCAGAAGAGAUCAGCGCGAUUCGUGAAGAGAUGACGGCUCUUCUUCAACGUGGCGGUUUCAUCAUUCGAAAAUGGGCAUCAAAUAGUCUCGAAGUGUUAACUUCUAUCAACGAGGAAGUCCUCGAUCUUGACCAUGUGGUCAAAGAGGCUCUCUUGCAGAAAACCUUAGGAGUCGUUUGGGAUUCGAGGGCUGAUACUUUUCAGUAUUGCAUCGGUCAAAUUGAUUCUCAGCUUAAGGUGACUAAGAGAACUCUUCUCUCAGCUGUUGCAAAAAUUUUCGACCCACUUGGGCUGUUAGGACCCAUUACAAUGUUCGCAAAAUUUCUGAUUCAGGAUUGUUGGAAAUCAAAGGUCGAUUGGGACGAAUCCAUCUCUCAACAGACUCUAACGAAAUGGCGAGCUUUAUUCAGCGAGUUAUCCUUGGUAGAAAGUCUCAAUUUUGAUCGCAAAAUAGUUCUUCCAGACGCAUUGCGCGUCGAAAUACACGGGUUUUGUGACGCUUCACGUCUUGGGUACGGUGCCUGUCUAUUUGUCAAGUCCAUCGACGCGCAGAAAAACGUUUUGGUCAGGCUUCUUUGUAGCAAGUCUAGAGUAGCGCCAUUAAGCGGGUUAACUAUUCCUCGGUUAGAGUUAUGCGCCGCGUCGAUCCUCAAGGAUUUAUACGUUCAGGUCCGAUCUCAAUUGCAAAUCCCUGUUCAUCAAGUGAUUCUAUAUUCUGAUUCUUCAAUUGUUCUCUGUUGGUUAAAAAAGGAGCCUCAACAAUUAAAAACAUUCGAAGCUAACCGAGUAUCCAAUAUUCAGGCAGUAAGGGACCAGGUCGAGUGGUUACAUAUUCGUUCUGAAGACAAUCCAGCUGAUUCUCUGUCACGAGGUCAGUUACCGUCUGAAUUCAUCAAGAAUUCUCUGUGGAAAUCUGGACCACCAUGGCUCGCUAGAGAUAGGGUUGACUGGCCUCCAGUCGUGAUCUCGGUGCCACGAGAAGUCCCAGGUUUAAAGGGGGGAGUGUGUUUGGUCGCUACCAAACCAUCUUCGUUUUCCGAAGUUUACUCACAAUUCUCUUGUUGUGAACGUUUCGUUAGAGUACUAGCAUACGCUUCGCGUUGGAGAAAGGGCUCUCGGUGUACAGGCGAACCAGCUCAAAGGAAUUGGGAAAUUCAACAUGAUUCAAUGCGAACACUAGAAAUUAGCAAGCGAAUACGUCCGCUGACUCCAUCUGAAAUCAAGGAAUCCGAAAGGAAGAUUUUGGAGCUAGUUCAAAGGGAAGGUUUCUCUGUAGAGUAUGAUCGUUUAUCUAAAUCAUCUAACGGUGUAAAAAAGGGUACAUGUUUUGACAGGUUGUGUCCGUUCAUUAGCGAUAACUUAAUUCGCGUAGGCAGUCGCCUCAAGAAUUCUAAACUUCCUUACGGGCAACAACACCCGAUACUCUUGCCUCAGAAACAUCCUGUGACUGAAAUGGUCAUUCAUCAUCAUCAUGAAGGCAAUUUGCACGCCGGAAUUCAUUGCACUCUUUAUUCGAUUCGUCUGAAAUUUUUUAUUUUAAAUGGAAAAUCGCAGAUAAGGAAGGUAAUUCAACGGUGCGUCAAAUGUAUACGCCAAAGACCGCACAUUGGCCACGCCAAAAUGGCAGAUCUACCUGCCCCACGGGUCUGUGAAUCUUUCGCAUUCAGUCACACAGGUGUAGAUUUUUUCGGACCGUUCAACAUUAAAGAGAAGGCUCAUAGAAAUAGGUCGUUUAUCAAAACUUACGGUUGUGUUUUUAUAUGCUUAGCUUCAAAGGCCGUCCACGUCGAGUUGGCUAUCGAUUUGUCAACAGAAGGUUUCUUAGCUGCGUUUCGUAGAUUCAUCGCUCGGAAAGGGGUACCUUCGCAUGUCUAUUCCGAUAAUGGAACCAAUUUUGUCGGGGCAAACAAUGAGUUGACUAAAAUUUAUAGACUCUUUGAUACAGAGGCGUUUCGCGCGGAAAUUAACAAUUACGCAAUCUCUAAAAGAAUAGAAUGGCACUUCAAUCCGCCUCUUUCACCUCACUUUGGAGGUCUGUGGGAAGCGGCCGUAAAGAGCUUCAAACAUCACUUAAAACGCAUUCUAGAUAAGCAGCUCACAUAUGAGCAAUUUAACACUCUUCUUAUCGAAAUUGAAGCGAUACUGAAUUCGCGACCAUUAUACGCUCUUUCGGCCGAUCCCAACGACCCUCUAGUUUUAACACCAGCGCAUGUAUUAAUUGGUCGCCCUUUUAACAUGUUGCCUGAACAAUCACUUUCGUCAGUUUCAGAAAAUCGAUUGUCUACCUACCAGUUUUUGACCAAAGCUAGACAGAACUUCUGGGAGAAAUGGCGUAAAGAAUACCUUCAUGAACUUCAAGUUCGCCAGAAAUGGACUAAGAGUGAUUCCGAGUUAGCUCCAGGUAUGGUGGUCUUACUCAUUGAAGGCAACGUCCCAAGCGGACAAUGGCCACUGGGUGUCAUCAUCGAGGUGCAUCCUGGUAGCGACGGCGUCGUGAGAGUUGCUUCAGUCAAGACUGUAAAAGGCGUGUUCAAGCGGAAUGUCACACGUUAA